AAAAAAAAGAUAGGUGCACAGAGAAAACGCCAUAUCAUUUUCACUUUACCCGUUUCCCAUUUCUCAUUUCCAACACCCAAAGCAACCUUCUUUUCACUCAAAUCUCACGCAUUCUGUGUACCAAUUUCAGCUUCCCUGUGAUGACACUUCUUCAUUCCUUGCCCACCAUGGCCAACUUCUCUUCCAACCAGAUUCGCUUUCUCCUCAGCACCUUGAACGAAGUCAACUUUGACUCCAUUUUCCAUCAACUCUCUCAGUUUGCGGAAUUUGGAACUACUGGGUGCAUUUUGCUGCUUCAAACUUGCUUGGAUCACUAUGGCUAUGCCAGAAGAGAUAUGAAAGACAUCCAGCAUGAGCCAAUUCUUGGGGCAGUCAUUAAGUACCUCUUGGACAAACCAAACUUCAGCACAGUGUUUUCUGAGUCGAUGAAGAAUAUAGAAAUUAAUGAAAGUUUUUUAGAAAGUUUUUGCAAUGGAUUGCCGUUAUCUUUAUUGGAAAAAAUUAUCAUCAGUCUUGCUUUAUCUGAUUCUGAGAAUCCCGAUGUCAGGCUGUGUGGCAAAUUUUUUUGCAUGGCUCGGAUUGAGGAAUUGUGUGCCAACCCUGGUUCUCUGAGUUUCCAUGAGCAAAUGCACAAUGUUAUCAUGUUCCUAAAGCAGUCUGAGGGUUUUUCCAAGCAUGUGGAUUCCUUUAUGCAGAUAUUGUCACUUGUGCAGUUCAAAGACACGCCACCUUUUGUCUUGACUCCAUUGCUUCCUGAUGAGAUGCAUGAGGCUGAUUUUUUAAGGAAUAUGGAGUUGUUCCAUGACAGUGGAGAAAAUGAUUUUGAUGCUAUUUUGGCAGACAUACAGAAGGAAAUGAACAUGGGUGAUAUCGUGAAGGAACUAGGCUAUGGAUGCACGGUUGAUGUCUCACAGUGCAAGGAAAUAUUUUCACUCUUUUUACCUUUAACUGAAAAUACACUCUCUAAAUUACUUGGUGCAAUUGCUUGCACCCGUACUGGGCUGGAGGACAGCCAAAACACAUACUUAACUUUUCGUGCAGCCCAUGGAUACAAUGUGUCUGAGUUGCCACCACUGAACUCUUGGAAUAUUGAUGUCUUGAUUGAUACACUUAUGCAUCUUGCACCUCAUACUAAUUGGGUACGCGUUAUUGAAAGCCUUGAUCAUGAAGGGUUUUUUCUUCCUAGUGAAGAAGCGUUCUCUUUUCUCAUGUCUGUAUAUAAACAUGCCUGUAAGGAACCAUUUCCUCUCCAUGCCAUCUGUGGGUCCAUCUGGAAGAAUACUGAGGGUCAGCUGUCUUUCCUUAAAUAUGCUGUAUCAGCACCACCGGAAAUUUUUACCUUUGCACACUCGGGAAGGCAGCUGGCAUAUGUUGAUGCAAUUAAUGGCCACAAGCUUCAAAAUGGACAUGCAAAUCAUGCAUGGCUGUGUCUUGAUCUUUUAGAUGUCCUCUGCCAGCUAGCUGAGAAGGGUCAUGCCAGUAUUGUUCGAUUAAUCUUUGAUUAUCCCCUUAAACACUGUCCUGAAGUCUUGCUUCUUGGGCUGGCACAUAUUAAUACUGCCUACAACCUCUUGCAGCAGGAAGUAUCUCUGAUUGUUUUUCCCAUGAUUUUAAAAAGUGCUGUAGGCAGUGGGAUGAUUCUUCACCUUUGGCAUGUUAAUCCCAAUCUGGUAUUGAGAGGGUUUAUUGAUUCUCAAAACAAUGAUGCAGGCAGUAUUGUAAGAAUUGUUGAAAUCUGCCAGGAGCUAAAGAUUCUAUCAUCUGUGGUGGAAAUUAUUCCCUAUUAUUAUAGUAUAAGGUUAGCAGCUGUUGCAUCAAGAAAAGAAUUUCUUGACCUUGAGAAGUGGUUGAGUAGCAACUUAACUACAUACAAGGAAGCCUUUUUUGAGGAGUGCCUCAAGUUCUUAAAGGAUACCCAUUUUGGUGGAUCGCAGAACCUUUCUGGCAAAUCAUUUCAUCAGUCUGGUGCUGUUCUGAGUCUAUAUGCCGAGGCAACUGCUACCAUCUUGAAGGUUCUUAAAUCUCAUACUGACUUGGUUGCUUCUAGACAACUUUCUGAGGAGUUGGAGAGGCUUCAUAUAUCUAUGAUAGAUACAAAUCCAAGGCUUCAGAAUGGUGGGACAGCUGAUUCAUCUACUUCUGAUGGAUAUGCGGAUGACAUUGAAGCUGAAGCAAACUCUUACUUCCAUCAAAUGUUUUCUGAUCAGUUAACCAUUAAUGCAAUGGUACAGAUGCUUACACGAUUCAAGGAAUCUUCAGUGAAGAGGGAGAAAUCAAUUUUUGAAUGCAUGAUUGCAAACUUGUUUGAGGAGUAUAGAUUUUUCCCAAAGUAUCCUGAAAGACAACUCAAAAUUGCUGCAGUUCUCUUUGGUUCUGUGAUCAAGCAUCAGCUUGUAACUCAUCUAUCUUUGGGGAUUGCUCUUCGUUAUGUUCUUGAUGCAUUGCGCAAGCCUGCAGAUUCUAAAAUGUUUUUGUUUGGAAGUCUGGCAUUGGAGCAGUUUGUGGAUCGUCUUAUUGAGUGGCCUCAGUAUUGCAAUCAUAUUCUUCAAAUUUCCCAUUUGCGCAGUACACAUUCAGAAAUAGUUGCUUUCAUUGAGCAGGCUCUUGCCAGGAUUUCCUCUGGUCAUUCAGAUGUUGAUGGGGCGAGUCAUGCUUCUGUUAUUAGUAACCAUCAUUCUGCACAGGCUUCAUUAGGGCAUGUAGAGCAGCUCAGUGGCUCUAGCGUCAUACAACCUGGGCAACAACAUUUGUCAAUGCAGCUUCAACAACGACGUGAAAAUCCGUUGGAUGAUCGUCUCAAAGCUUCUGUUGGUUCAUCUACGGAUGUAAAACCAUUGUUAUCUUCUCUAGGGCAAUCUUCAGUACUAACACCUACUGAUGCUUCUAGUACCAAUAAGUUACAUAGCACAGUCAGCACGUCAUCAAUGCUAUCUUCGUCUUCUCCUGGUUUUGUUCGUCCUUCCCGUGGAACUACUUCUGCCAGGUUUGGAUCUGCCUUGAACAUUGAAACUUUGGUUGCUGCUGCUGAGAAAAGAGAAAUUCCUAUUGAGGCUCCAGGGUCAGAGGUUCAGGACAAGAUAUUAUUUAUAAUUAAUAAUGUUUCUGCUGCUAAUAUUGAAGCUAAAGCAAAAGAGUUCACUGAAAUUUUGAAAGAGCAGUACUAUCCUUGGUUUGCACAGUAUAUGGUUAUGAAAAGAGCGAGCAUUGAGCCAAAUUUCCAUGACUUGUACCUGAAAUUCCUGGAUAAAGUUAAUUCAAAGGCUUUGAACAAAGAGAUUGUCCAGGCAACUUAUGAAAAUUGCAAGGUUCUUUUAGGAUCUGAGCUCAUAAAAUCAAGUUCAGAGGAACGUUCUUUGCUUAAAAAUUUGGGGAGCUGGCUUGGAAAGUUAACAAUUGGCCGGAAUCAGGUUUUGAGAGCUCGUGAAAUAGACCCAAAGUCUUUGAUUAUGGAGGCAUAUGAGAAGGGGCUAAUGAUUGCUGUUAUUCCAUUUACGUCAAAGGUCCUUGAACCAUGCCAAAGCAGUCUUGCAUAUCAACCUCCUAAUCCUUGGACUAUGGGCAUUUUGGGAUUGCUUGCUGAGAUUUAUUCAAUGCCAAACUUGAAAAUGAACCUCAAAUUUGACAUAGAGGUUUUAUUCAAAAAUCUGUGUGUUGAUAUGAAGGAUGUCACACCAACUUCUCUCCUGAAGGAUAGAAAAAGAGAAAUUGAAGGAAAUCCUGAUUUCUCUAAUAAAGAUGUUGGGGCAUCUCAAUCACAAAUAAUUACUGAUAUAAAAUCUGGCCUUGUACCUCCGGUAAAUCAAGUGGAAUUACCACUUGAAGUCACCAAUCCAUCCAACACAGGGGCUCAUCCACAUAUACUGUCUCAGUAUGGUGGUCCUCUUCAUAUUUCCUCGGGAGCAUUGAUGGAAGAUGAAAAGGUUACACCUCUGGGAUUGUCUGAUCAACUUCCCUCUGCUCAAGGACUGUUACAAGCAAAUCCUGCCCCAGCACCUUUUUCUAUUAGCCAGCUUCCAACACAGAUACCUAAUAUUGGGACUCACGUUAUUAUCAAUCAAAAGCUCAGUGGUUUUGGGCUGCAAAUGCAUUUUCAGAGAGCGGUACCCAUUGCAAUGGACAGAGCUAUCAAAGAGAUAGUGUCUAGUAUUGUGCAGCGUAGUGUUUCCAUAGCAACACAAACAACCAAGGAGCUUGUUUUAAAGGACUAUGCCAUGGAAUCUGAUGAGACACGCAUAUUAAAUGCGGCACACUUGAUGGUUGCUAGUCUGGCUGGAAGUUUGGCUCAUGUUACGUGCAAAGAACCAUUACGGGCAUCAAUAUCUGGUCAACUGAGGACUUCACUUCAGAACUUAAAUAUUGCUAAUGAAAUUUUGGAACAAGCUGUGCAACUUGUCACCAAUGAUAAUCUUGAUCUAGGCUGUGCAGUCAUUGAACAGGCUGCUACUGACAAGGCAAUAAACACCAUCGAUACAGAGAUUGGUCAACAACUCUCUUUGAGAAGGAAGCAUCGAGAAGGUAUGGGUUCUACAUUUUUUGAUGCAAAUUUGUAUCCACAAGGUUCUAUGGGUGGUGUUCCAGAGCCUCUUCGCCCCAAGCCUGGUCAGUUGUCUCUCUCACAACAACGUGUCUAUGAGGACUUCGUUCGGCUUCCCUGGCAAAACCAGUCUAGCCAGAGCUCACAUUCUAUGUCUGCUGGUGUCGCUGUUCAAUCUGGCAAUACUGGUCUUACUGGCACUAAUGGUUCUGUAUCAGGGCAGAUUAACCCUGGAUACCCUGUGACCACAGGGUAUGAAGGAGUAUCUAGACCAUUAGAUGAUAUGACAGAAUCUAAUUUGGCUCCACAUUUUAGUGCUUCCUCGAUUAACAUUAGAGCAGCUGAUAGUGUUUCCCAGCACAGUAUGGAGAAAGACUCUGUUGCCUCAUUUCCUUCGGCUGCUUCCACCCCUGAAUUGCAUGCAGUGGAUUCUUCUGAAGUGAAAGAAUCUGGAACUUCUCCACAGCCACUAGUUACAUCAGGUGCUGUGGAGCGCCUUGGAAGUAGUUUUUUGGAGCCUUCUCUCACAACAAGAGAUGCCCUAGAUAAAUUCCAAAUUGUUGCGCAAAAGUUGGAAGCUAUGGUCAGCAAUGAUUCCAGGGAUGGAGAAAUACAGGGUGUCAUUUCUGAGGUUCCUGAGAUCAUACUUAGAUGUGUUAGUCGAGAUGAGGCAGCUUUAGCUGUGGCUCAAAAGGUUUUCAGGGGUUUGUAUGAUAAUGCAUCAAACAAUAUUCAUGUCUCUGCUCAUCUUGCUAUCCUGACUGCCAUUCGUGAUGUUUGCAAGCUUGCUGUCAAGGAGCUUACUAGUUGGGUAAUUUACUCGGAAGAAGAAAGGAAAUAUAACAAAGAAAUUACUGUUGGCCUCAUCCGUAGUGAAUUGCUAAAUCUUACUGAGUACAAUGUUCAUAUGGCCAAACUUAUUGAUGGAGGAAGGAACAAGGCUGCAACCGAAUUUUCCAUUUCCCUUCUUCAAACCCUGGUUGUCGAGGAACCUAAAGUUAUUUCAGAACUUCACAAUCUUGUUGAUGCUUUGGCAAAGCUUGCUACAAAGCCUGGAUGCCCUGAGUCAUUACCACAGCUUCUUGACAUGAUCAAGAAUCCUGGUGCUCUAUCUUCUAGUAAUGCUGGAAAGGAGGAUAAGGCAAGACAAUCAAGAGACAAUAAGGGUUCUGGUCUGUUACCUGCAAACAGGGAAGAGUUCAACAGCGUCGAUUCUAUUGAACCAGAUCCUGCUGGGUUCCGGGAGCAGGUUUCCAUGUUGUUUACAGAAUGGUAUAGGAUAUGUGAACUUCCUGGUGGCUAUGAUACAGCUUCUACCCACUUUACAUUACAAUUGCAUCAGAAUGGGCUGCUUAAGGGGGAUGAUCUUACAGAUCGCUUUUUCCGACUAUUGAUGGAACUAGCUGUUGCACAUUGCUUAUCCACUGAGAUGAUUAAUUCUGGGUCACUACAGUCUCAACCGCUGCAGACAAUGUCAUUUCUUGCAAUUGAUAUUUAUGCAAAGCUUGUCUUCUCAAUCUUGAAGGGAUCAAACAAACUCUUUCUUCUUUCCAAGAUUCUGGCAGUUACUGUCAGAUUCAUUAUAAAAGAUGCAGAGGAGAAGAAGGCCUCUUUUAAUCCAAGGCCACUUUUCAGAUUAUUCAUCAACUGGCUUCUAGAUCUUGGUUCACUUGAGCCUGUUACUGAUGGUGCAAAUCUUCAGAUUUUAACUGCUUUUGCCAAUGCAUUUCAUGCUUUGCAGCCCCUCAAAGUUCCUGCAUUCAGUUUUGCAUGGCUUGAGUUGAUUAGUCACAGGAGCUUCAUGCCUAAAAUGUUGACUGGUAAUGGUCAAAAAGGUUGGCCUUAUAUCCAAAGGUUGCUUGUAGAUCUGUUCCAAUUUAUGGAGCCUUUUCUGAGGCAUGCUGAACUUGGAGAACCGGUUCGUGUCCUCUAUAAAGGAACACUUAGGGUGCUCUUAGUGCUACUUCAUGACUUCCCUGAGUUUCUAUGUGACUAUCACUUUACCUUUUGUGAUGUUAUUCCUCCAAGUUGCAUACAGAUGAGGAAUAUCAUUCUAAGUGCAUUUCCACGUAGUAUGAGGCUGCCAGAUCCAUCUACUCCUAAUCUGAAGAUUGAUUUGCUUCAAGAAAUAACCCAAUCGCCUCGCAUUCUUUCGGAGGUUGAUGCAGCACUCAAAGCAAAGCAGAUGAAGGUUGAUGUAGAUGAAUACCUUAAGACAAGGCAACAGAGUUCGCCGUUUUUAUCUGAACUGAAGGAUAAGCUGCUUCUCUCACCCAAUGAAGCAGCUUCUGCUGGGACUCGAUAUAAUGUGCCGUUAAUUAACUCACUUGUGCUAUAUGUUGGAAUGCAGGCAAUCCAUCAGCUUCAGGGACGAACUCCCCAUACUCAAACAUCAGCAAAUGCUUUCCCCUUAGCCGUAUUUUCUGUUGGUGCUGCAUUGGAUAUUUUCCAGACCCUAAUUGUGGACUUGGAUACUGAAGGGCGCUACCUUUUCCUAAAUGCUAUUGCCAACCAACUGCGUUAUCCUAAUACUAAUACACACUACUUUUCCUUCAUCCUUCUGUACUUGUUUGCUGAAUCAAACCAGGAAGUUAUCCAAGAACAAAUUACUAGAGUCUUGUUAGAACGCCUAAUUGUUAACCGUCCUCAUCCCUGGGGUCUCCUCAUUACUUUUAUUGAGCUGAUCAAGAAUCCUAGGUACAAUUUCUGGAACCGGAGUUUCAUAAGAUGUGCACCGGAGAUUGAAAAACUUUUUGAAUCAGUGUCAAGAUCUUGUGGAGGUCCAAAACCAGUGGAUGAUAGCAUGGUUUCGGGUUGGGUCUGAUUUCCCGUAGUCUUUUGUGGUUGUUAGUCCUGUGUAGGUUAGCCAACCAUGUUAGUUAGGACUAUUUAUACUGUUGUUAAUCUAGCAGUGUUGUUUUUACAUUGUAAAUUAUGUUUUAGUGAAACUCUCUUCUUUCAGAUGUUAUGACCAUGUACUUGUUUAUAUUGCAGCAUGAGUCUUAAUUCCA